CACGGUGCUGCCUCCCGCCGGGCCGCGCCAGGCGCAGGGAGAGAGGGAGGGAGAGAGGCAGGGAAGAAAGGAAGGAGGCAGGGACGGAGGGACCCCACGGCGCCGCUCGGAGCCCGGCCCGACCCCGGGAGCGCGACAAGUGCCUGGCACGGGAUAAAGUUAUCCCGGAAUAAGGCUGCACGCAUGUGCGUCACCCCGGAUGUGAACAUGCCGGCCCGGCUCCCCGCUAGCUCGCUCCGCCUGGCUCCAGCGGAUGGGCUGAGCCGAGCCGUGCCGAGUCGAGCCGUGCCAAGCCGUGCCCGCGUCCCUGCAGCCCGAUAGGGGCUGGGGGAGGCCGGGUCCCCCGGCGCCCUCGAGGGCCGAGGUGCGAGAGCCCCUCCCGGCGGGGCAGGGGCAGGUGCGCAGCCCGGGGCGAGCGGCGGGCGGGCCCCCGGGAGCGAUGGAUUUUCGGGGGAAGAAGUACGAGCGCGGCAGUAACUGGUCGGACCCCGAGGUGGUGGAGCUGCUGCAGCUCUGGGCCGACGAGUCGGUGCAGAUAGAGUUGGAGAGCUGCUUGCGCAACCAGCACGUCUUCAACCGCAUCGCCGAGGUGCUGCGGGAGAAGGGCAUCCACCGGACGGGCGACCAGUGCCGGGAGAAGAUCAAGAAGAUGAAGCUGGAGUACCGGCGGAUCAAGGACAAUAGCAAGGCCCCGCGGGGCGGGCGGACGUGGAAGUUCUACGAGGUGAUGGACCGGGUGCUGACCAGCCGGCCGGCCCUGGCCUAUGGGUCCCUGAGCGGCAGCAUGAUGGCUCAGCAGGUGUUGCAGGGCAGCAUGGUGGAGAGCUACCACCACCAGUUCGCCUCCUCGGCCCUGCCUUUUGGGCACUCCCAGCACCCUGAACUGAUGGAAAUCAAAUGUGAGGAGGUGAACUCUGAUGACCACAGCUUGACCCCAGAGCCCCCACAAGCCAUGUCUUACCAGCAGGGCUCCCCUGAAGAACAGGAGAUGGAGAGAGCCUUCUUGGAGAGGGCCCAAAACGACUCUCCCAUCUCCAGGGUGGAGAUUCCCAUUGAAACCAAUGUUUCACCUUCAGGUUUCAGUGAGCCCAACAUGGCAAACUCAUCACGGAUCCAAAAUGUUGUUCCCCGGCCUGGCUUCUCUGCCUUGCAUCGACUGAGAAAAAAGCGGAAAGGCCAGCGUGUGAGAGACCCACUUGAUGAUCUCUUGUUGAAGACUCUGACAUCUCAGCGGGCCAUGGAAGAGCGUUUUUUGCAGAUGGAGGAACGCCGAUUUCAGCGAGAUUUGGAUGUAGAGGAGCGUCGAAUGCAACUGGAGCAGCGACGGUUUGAACUGGAGCGGGAGCAUGAGUUUCGCAUGUUCAAUGUCUUUGCUCAAAUGCUCAGCAUCCUAAAGCAGAGCCAUAGCAGCUCCUCCUCCUCUGUUGCCAUGCCUCGGAGCUUGGACUUCAGCCAGGCAUUGUCCGAAAUGGAGGGAAUGGGAGGAGGAGGGGGCAACCUGCAAGAGAUGAGGUUUCGUCCACUUACCAAGAGGAGGGUUGACACGCAUGGCUUCUGUAACCCCAACGGCUUCCAGAGAAGCCCCUAUCUCUCUGCUCGUGGCAACUUUGCCAACAUGUUUCAGGGCUCCACUGAGGAAGGGUACAAAGCUUAUCAUGCUGACAAGUAUGAUGAAGACAAGAACCCCAAUGGUAUAAUAAACUUUGGCACCAGUGAGAAUAAACUCUGCUUUGACCUGAUGUCUAAGCGGCUGACACAGAGUGAUAUGGAUCUGAUGGAACCUUCAUUGCUUCAGUAUCCUGACUGGAAGGGACAUCUGUUUUUACGUGAGGAAGUGGCUCGAUUUUUGACCUAUUACUGCAAGGCCCCUGCACCUCUUAAAGCAGAGAAUGUGAUUGUUUUAAAUGGUUGUGGCUCUUUAUUUUCUGCAUUAGCUACAGUCCUUUGUGAUCCAGGGGAAGCUGUUCUGAUUGCUACUCCCUUUUACGGUGGUAUUACCCAGAGUAUCUUCCUCUAUGGUAAUGUCAAGCUGGUGUAUGUCUGUUUAGACAGUAAGAUUACUGGAACAAACACUCGGCCUUUUCAGCUUACAGUGGAAAAACUGGAAAAAGCUUUGCAGGAUGCCCAGGCAGAGGGUAUCACUGUAAGGGCCUUAAUUCUUCUGAAUCCCCAAAAUCCCCUUGGGGACAUCUACUCCUUGUCAGAGCUACGGGAUUACCUGGAGUUUGCAAAAAGACAUGAAUUGCAUGUGAUAGUAGAUGAGAUCUACAUGCUGUCAGUUUUUGAUGAAUCAGCCACGUUUCACAGUAUCCUAAGCAUGGACAGAUUGCCUGAUCCACAGCGGACUCAUGUGAUGUGGGGAAUAACCAAGGAUUUUGCUGUUUCUGGGAUUCGUUUUGGUACUUUAUAUACAGAGAACCAAGACGUUGCUAACGCAGUGGCUUCUUUGUGUUAUUUCCAUGGGGUUUGUGGACCUAUCCAGCACAAGGUUGCGCAGCUGCUUAAAGACAGAGACUGGAUCAACCAGGUGUACCUGAGGGCCAACCAUGCCCGCCUAAAAGCUGCCCAUACGUAUGUGACAGAUGAGCUGAAGACACUUGGGGUUCCUUUUCUCAACCGCAAUGCAGGCUUCUUUGUCUGGAUUGAUUUCCGAAAGUACCUUAAGACAGGCACAUUUGAGGAGGAGUUGCUACUCUGGAAGCGUUUUCUGGAUAAUAAGGUCCUCCUGUCCUGCGGAAAAGCCUUUGAAUGCAGCGAACCUGGAUGGUUCCGCAUCAUCUUUGCUGACAAGACCCACCGGCUACAGUUAGGUAUGCAACGGAUACGCAAGGUUUUGGAAGAGCGGGAGCAGGAGAUACUGGCAGAGGAGAAGGAGCAGCCCUGUCAGUCAGAUCAGGAUGGCAAAGCAGAUAGUACAGAUGAAGUCAUUUUUGUAUCCCGCCACCAGGAGCCCACCUGUGCCAGCAGCUCCAACCUUGGUGACCUCAUUGGCCUCCUGCAGCAACAGAUGCGUUCUUCUGACUGGCUACAGAAAAAUACAGCUGAGCAGUUUGCACAGGAAAAGCCAGAGAUCUAUGAUGUGUUCAACAAACUGGUGGGGAAGCAGUAGGGGUCUGUGUUUCUUCAGGGGCGUUCCUGAGCAGUGACUGACCUUGGGCCCCUUACAGCUCAGCAGUGACUUCCAGCAAAUAAUAUAUUUUCUGUAUAGCAAGAAAAUUACUUUGUAAACUCCCUUCUUUUCCCCCUGUUUGAGAUCUCUAAUUUGUACUAUAUAGGUGUAUUCCUUGGAUUGGGAUGAGGGUAGGGAACGGGGAGGUCUUGUUUGUCUGCUGCUCCUUGUCCUGCAGCAUCAUUGUAUUUUGUAUUUCAUUUCUAAUGAAUAUGCUCUUAACUCUCUUA